AAACCGGAAAUUGCGUUGGCUGUUCUUUCCUGUAGCGUUGUGAUUGAUAAGCUAACAAUUUAGCAAUGUCGGGAAUUGAGGACAUUUCUAACAAUUCUGUGGCAUUUAAAGAAAAUAACGAGUUCAGUGUAGAGGCUGGAGACCAUGUCGACGAUGACGUUGUUAUUCAUCGAUAUACGUUUUACAGGGACAGGAAAGAAUGGGCUGAUUUGGAGCCUGUUCCUCAAGAUGAUGGACCAAAUCCUGUUGUCAAGAUUGCUUAUUCAGAAAGGUUCUCUGAUGUUUUUGACUAUUUCCGUGCCCUGCUCAAUAAUGAUGAAAAGAGCGAACGAGCUUUUGCCUUGACGGCAGAUGCUAUUGAGCUGAAUGCGGCAAAUUACACAGUGUGGCAUUACAGGCGAGUAUUACUACAAGCAUUGUCAAAGGACCUGAGAGAAGAAAUGAGUUACAUUACAGCCAUCAUUGAAGAUCAACCGAAAAACUACCAAGUCUGGCAUCACAGACGUAUAGUGGUUGAGUGGUUGAACGAUCCGUCAGAGGAGCUGGAGUUUAUUGCAGACAUCCUCAGCCAAGAUGCAAAGAACUACCAUGCCUGGCAACACAGACAGUGGGUCAUCCAGGAGUACAAACUGUGGGAUAAUGAGCUGGAGUUUGUCCAGAAUCUCUUGGCUGAAGAUGUGAGGAAUAAUUCUGCCUGGAACCAGAGACAUUUUGUCAUUACACACACGACAGGCUUUUCGGAUCAAGCCAUUCUUGAAAGGGAGAUUGAAUACUGUCUGACCCAGAUCAGAAAGGCCCCCCACAAUGAAAGUGCAUGGAACUAUUUGAAAGGGAUGCUUCAGGACAGAGGUUUGUCAUCUCAGCCUGGGCUGCUGGAGAAAGUCCUGGAGCUAAAGGAGACGUGUUGUUGUUCCUCUUACCUUCUCGCCUUUCUCUUCGAUUGUUACGAGGAUGCUUUGGAGAACAGCAGUCAAAAAGGAAAAUCGGCAGAAGACCGAGUGGACACUUUGAAAAGAGCUCUAGAAAUUUGUAAACUUUUAGCUGAGGAGAAGGACACCAUUCGCAAGGAGUAUUGGCUGUUUUUGGGACGUUCUUUAAAGAACAAAUAUGGACCGACUGAACCAGUUGACACUGAACUUCCAUCCCCGACGGCCGAGCAGCAGGAAGUGAACUAGAUGCGCAAGUCUCACUACACUCUCCCUCAUUUAUUUUUAUUUUUUGUUUGUGUGGUUCUGUAUUUUACUAUAAUGUGGAUCCAUUUUUUUAAAUAUCCGACAGUUGGUGUGGAGGGAAACGAAUGAGAAAUAUGGAUCUGUUACAGGGCCUAUGUGAAAAGUCAUCCAUGAUAGAAUCAAUUUUGUGCAGUCAGGCUUCAUUCAUGUUUGUUCAUUUGGCUGUUGGUGCGCAUUCAAGUAUCUUUCAAAACACAUUUAAAGUCUGUUCAAGGGACUUGCAACUUAGUACAUCCUUCAUUGUCUCACUCUUUUCUGUUCUUUGAAGGUUCAAUAAUAAUAAAAAAAUAAGGCAGAUUUAUCCAAA